CAGCGCCUUCCCACAGUUCCAAGCGGUGAUCAUUCAUACCGAGAGAACCAGUGAUGGGUUAUUUCAAGAACUGGGGAAUGGCGGUGGCGGUGGCGCUGGUGGUUACAGCGGCGACGAGAGGGGCGGAGGCCCAAGCGCCGACGACGUCGUGCGCUUCAAAGCUGGCGCCAUGCGCCAACAGCAUGAACUCGACGAACCCGCCGGCAUCGUGCUGCGACCCACUUAAAGAAGUCGUGACGAAGGAACUGAGCUGCUUGUGCAAUCUGUACAAUACGCCUGGCUUGCUGGAGUCUCUGGGCAUCAACUCCACCCAGGCCGUUCUCCUUCUCGGCAGCUGCAAAAUCCCCGGCGAUAUCUCCGCCUGCUCCAAAGCUUCAGCUCCAGCUCCAGCUUCCAAGUCACCUCCAGCAACACCCGGAAACGGCAACAAUGGAGUCCGCACCAUUGGAUGGACUGGAAUACCGGGCAUACUAUUGGUUUGGGCUUCUAUGAUCCUCUGCUAGAGUUUCUGGGCAAUAUUUGGGGAGGCUUUGUUGCUUGAUUAUUAUGGAGUAUAUUACGUUGAUGAUUGAUUUGAGUAGAGUCGUAUUUGCCCAUUACUUGUUUCCUUAUUGUUUGUCAAACUUCAUUGUUCAGAUGUUAUAUUACAUAUGGGACUAGUACUGUAUAUCCCACUCUAGAAUUUUGGGAUGUGUUAGGUGUGCAUUUUCAAAAGGGUAAUAAUUAUUGAUGAGAGGUGAUGUUAAUAUCCUGUUAUUAAUUGAAUUUAUAUGAUUUUUAUGUAAGUUGAAUUAUUAGUAACUU